AUGAGAAUCAAGAAGAAGAAUACCAGUGGUAAUGCCCGUAAUUUUAUUACUAGAUCGCAAGCGGUGCGUAAGCUACAAGUAUCAUUAGCCGAUUUCAGACGUCUAUGUAUCUUCAAAGGUAUCUAUCCUCGUGAGCCACGUAACAAGAAGAAGGCUAACAAGGGAUCUACUGCACCAACUACUUUUUACUACACCAAGGAUAUCCAAUAUUUGAUGCACGAACCCGUCUUGGCCAAAUUCAGAGAACAUAAGACUUUCGCUAAGAAGUUAACUAGAGCCCUUGGUAGAGGUGAAGUUUCUUCUGCAAAGAAAUUGGAACAAAACAGAUCCACUUACAAAUUAGAUCAUAUCAUUAAGGAGAGAUACCCAAGUUUCCCAGAUGCUGUUGCCGAUUUAGAUGAUGCAUUGAAUAUGUUAUUCUUGUUCGCCAAUUUACCUGCUACUUCCCAAGUUUCCUCUAGAGUCACCAAUGAUGCACGUGCCAUCUGUAAUCAAUGGUUGGCCUAUGUUGCUAGGGAAAGAUUGGUGAGAAAAGUAUUUGUUUCCAUUAAAGGUGUUUACUACCAAGCUAAUGUGAUGGGUGAAGAUGUUAGAUGGUUGGUACCAUUUAAAUUUCCUGAAAAUAUUCCAUCUGAUAUUGACUUCAGAAUUAUGUUGACAUUUUUGGAAUUCUACUCCACAUUAUUACAUUUUGUUUUGUUUAAGCUAUACACUGAUAGAGAUUUGAUCUAUCCACCAAAAUUGGAUUUGGAAAAGGAUAAAAUUAUUAGUGGUCUAUCAUCUUACAUCUUGGAAUCUCAAGAGGAUUCCAAUACUAAUGCUCCAGCCUUAUCUACACCAAGCACGGAUGUAGUGCAAACGUUAGAUUCCAAGACAUUAAAAUCUGCCUUAAAUGCAGAUGAUAAAGAGGAAGAUGAAGAGGAAAAGGAUGCUGAAGAACAAGAACGUGUGGAAACUGUCAAAUUAGAUGAAUUUGAAGAUAACAGCAAAAAUAAAGGUGAUGUCUUAGCACAACCUACCGAAUUUAAUUCCCCAGUGGCUACAUUGUUUCAAGAUUUUGUUUUCUAUAUUGGUAGAGAAGUCCCACUUGACAUUAUUGAAUUUUUGAUUUUGUCUUGUGGUGGUAAUUUGAUCAGUGAAGCAGCAUUGGAUCAAUUAGAAAAUAAAGAUGAUAUUGAUUUAAGUAAGAUUACCCAUCAAAUUGUGGAUAGACCUGUUUUGAAGAAUAAAAUUGCUGGCAGAACAUACAUCCAACCACAAUGGAUCUUCGACUGUAUUAAUAAAAGUGAAUUAGUCCCAGCUAACCUAUACUUACCUGGAGAAACUUUGCCUCCUCAUUUAAGUCCAUGGGGUGAUGCUACUGGUUAUAACCCAGAUGCUGAAGUUGAAGAAAAUGAGGAAGAUGCUGAAGCAAGCGAAAGCGAGGCUGAAGUUGAUGACGCUGAUGCUGAUGAACAAGAAAAUGCUGAAGAAUCUGAAGAGGACGAUGAAGAACUAAGGGCUCAAAAAGAAUUGGAAUUAGAAGCCCAAGGUGUUACAUACACUGAAGCCAAAGAAACAACUGAAGAUUCAUCAAAGCCAACUAAGGCUUCUAAGAAAAGAAAGUUGACUGAAGAAGAGGAAGAAAAGAAUCUAAAGAUGAUUAUGAUGAGUAAUAAACAACGUAAGUUGUACAAGAAAAUGCAAUAUUCUAACAAUCAAAAAGAAGAUAAGAUUGAAAACUUGAAAAAGAAGAAAAAGCAAAUUGCUAAGACUAAGAGCAAAUUAGCAAAAUUAGAUAAGAAAUAG